ACUUGCGGCUGUUUUAUCCCGUUUGCUUUAUAAACGCCGGACGUUUUUUGUGUAUAGUGCUGGAUACUUGUUAAUUUUAAUUUAUGGAAGAAGGGAGAGUGUAUUGAAGAGUUGGUUUACGAAAGAAGGGAGCAAGAAUUAAAGGAGAGGGGUGCUCUGGGGUGGGGCGGAAGGAACAGGAAGGGAAAGGGGACGAAUUUAGCUGUCCGGGAAUCCAAUGUGAGAGUGAAUAAAGAAAAGGUGAAUUUCAACGAACUAAAUACAGCACAAAUAAUGCUGUACUUUUAAGGGACAAUUUUAAGGACUUGCAGAAAAAUAACAUAACAUAAAUGUUUGAUCGAAGCUCCCCUGGGGAGAUUCCAUGGCACUGAGGUACCAGCGUCGCUUAUGGCGCUACGUGGAACGUGGCCGCCGUCACAAGUUGCGGAGACUCCUGCGGCAUCACAGAGAAGUCUUGGACCUGGGCAAAACGAAGGGACACAGAAACCACACACCCCUGCACCGAUGCUGUGCCCUCCUGGACCACAAGGCUGCCAUCCUUUUACUGAAGUACGGGGCAGACCCCUCUCUCCCAGACCACCGUGGAGACACAGCUCUGCAUUUGGCUGCCUGGCAUGUAGCACAUGGAGGAGACCAUGUGUAUGAAGAUCUGUUUGUACCCUUGCGAAUCCACUGUCCAUCUGCCAUGAGCAUCAAGAAUAAAGCUGGAAAAACCCCAGGAGAUCUCUUGAACAGAGCAGCAGAAGAGAAAUGGUGUCCCAACGAAACACUUGAGGAAAAUGUGGCGGAACAUGAGGCUGAGAGAGAGUGGAGAUGCAAGCUUCUCAAUGAAUGGGAGGACGAGUUUCAAGAGACCCCAUGGCAGCAUGAAGAGGAUUUCUCUACUGGUCCCAACUCAGAAACGUUCGAGGAAUGGGCUGAUCGCUUACACCGGGAAUACAGGCAAAAACGUAGGCAAGAAGAGGAACGGUGUCACCGAAGGCCCAAAAAAGAAGCUCCAAAAUCUUCCAUUCAACUCCAGCACCUCCUGGAGCAAGAGCAUCUAGAGUACCUAAAACGUGCCCAGGCCAAGGAAGAAGAGGUUCAGUCAGCCAAGAGAAGACGUUACGAGGAAGGCUGCAGCCGAGUCUUCUCCUCAGACAGUUCACGUCCAUUGUCUUACAAGGACAUUCCCUGGCCGAGUUCGACUGGGACUCCUGAGGAAAUGGCCGCAGCAGCCCUUCGCGGUGUAGAUCCUUCAGACAAAAGAGCUUAUCGGCGCUUCCUCCGGCGUCAGCAGGCUCUGUGGCAUCCGGACAAGUUUGCACAACGUUGCGGCACACGCUUGGCUGAACAGGAUCGCCGUCGGAUCUUGGACACUGUCACAGCAUUGUCCCAAGCUUUCAAUCGCUUGGCUGAAGCAGCCAAAUAAACCUUGCUGCUUGUCUACAUCAGUGUUUCUCAACCUCAAGAACUUUAAGAUGUGUGGACUUCAACUCCCAGAAUUCCCCAGCCAGCGUGCUGGCUGGGGAAUUCUGGGAGUUGAAGUUCACACAUCUUAAAGAAGUGGCCCCCAACUUUUGGGGCACCAGGGACCGGUUCUGUAGAGAGAGGUUUUCCUGCGGACUGAAGGAGGUGUGGUUUCGUGUGCUGCCUGCAUCUCGUGGAUGGGGCUUCGCUUAUUUGCGUGGACCAGUUUCUGUCUUAAAGUACCUGAAGUCAAGAAACACUGUCUGCAGGUCUGAAAUGGGUUAGGGUACUUGAGCAGAGAGAAGAUGUCCUCUUUUCUUGCAUUGUUUAUAAAUUAUAAAAUGUUAA